AUGAGCAAUAGCACAAACAGCGAGAUCUUGAUUGCCGGCGCGGCAGCCGCCUUCACAGUCGACCUGCUUGUCUACCCGUUAGAUACGAUCAAGACACGAAUCCAGAGUCAAGACUACAUCAAUGCCUUUGCUUCGUCAUCCUCGUCGGCUGCCGCAGGUAGCAAACGGGCUCCAGCCUAUGCCUUGCGCGGCCUAUACCAGGGCGUGGGCAGCGUCAUAGUAGCUACCCUGCCCGCAGCGGGCAUCUUCUUCACCGUGUACGAGGCGUCCAAGACCCUACUCUCCGCUUCCCUGCCUUCCAUCAUCCCCCAGUCCCUCGUCCACUCGCUCGCCUCGGGCACGGCCGAGCUGUCCUCCUGUCUCGUCCUCACCCCGGCAGAGGUCAUCAAGCAGAACGCGCAGAUGAUACGCCGGCAGCAAGGAUCGUCCUCGGCCUCGGCUAGCGGGAGCACCUCCCUGCAGGCCCUGAGCAUGAUCCGCGACGCGCCGGGGGGCGCGGCGCGGCGCUUGUGGGCCGGGUACACGGCGCUCGCGGCGCGCAACCUGCCGUUCACGGCGCUGCAGUUCCCCAUGUUUGAAGCCCUGCGCGCGCGGAUCUGGGAGCGGCGGCGAAGCCGCGCCGGUGAUCGAGCCUGGAUGGAGGCUCGCAAGGGCGGCGUGGACAAGGGCCAGGGGAUCUUGGAGACGGGCGUUGUCACGAUGGUGAGCGCGGGGUUGUCUGGCUCGGUCGCGGCGGUGCUGACGACGCCAACGGACGUGGUCAAGACGAGGAUGAUGUUGCUUGCCGGGGAUGCGAAAGAUAAACAGGACGAAGGGAAGCCGACCGCCGCGAGUGAGGUGGACAAGGAUGCCAAGAGCGGCAAGAAGAUGGGUGGCUGGCAGGUUGCGAAGCAGGUGUACGCCGAGAGAGGAGUCCGGGGGCUGUUCCGCGGCGGAGUGCUCCGGGCGGGCUGGACGGCUGUAGGCAGUGGGCUUUACCUCGGGACGUACGAGAUGGCCAAGGUUUGGCUCAAGGAUGGCAAGGACUUGGAUGGUGAUGGUGGCAUCUGA